AAAUGCUAAGAAUCUUUGCUGUUUCCCUGUGUAUUCUCUUUUUCAUACAUUUCCCAGCUUCUGAAUCAGUUCUAACCAAAUUCCGAUUCAAUGGAUCUUUCACGUGCUCCAAGAAGGUGGCUCCGUUUGUUCAGAAAGUAACAGUUUACGAGCAUGACUACUUAACUUUUGAUGAUAAAUUAGAAGAGGUUACCCUUUUCCGAACGGAUUCUCCGGAUCGUAUGAGUUAUCAAUUUCGUUUUGAAGAAGACGGCGAUGGAAAACCGGAUGAUGAAUUUUAUGAGAUUUAUAUGGAGAUUUGGAACACUUGUAUGAUUCCUACUGAAAACAACAGAGUUUCGAAAUACUGGUUCAAAACGGAACUGCCAGUUAUUGAUGGAACACUCUAUGCUACUGAGAACGUCAAUUUGGAUAACAUUUGAAUAAUUGAAUAAAGAGUUUAUUAAGUAAAA